CACUAUGGCGCGGUGACUGCUCUUUCGGUCGUUGGAGCGAGUCGCGUCAAAAUUAUUGACAAAACAAGAACUAUUUUAUUUUCGUUUGUGCAUCUGUGCAAUUACUAACUUUUUUUUUUCCGACGUUCCGGUUCUUUCUGCCUGAACCUUUUUUUAUUAUUAUUUCUCUCGUCCGUCUUCUGCGUUUGUUUUGUAUAUACGUUUACGUCGUGGGUGUACGCCGUGGUGGCAACCAGUGACGUGUGUGUGCGUGUUCCGUUACUUUUGGACCGGCGCACUGACGGCGGGACGGUGAACGAAAGAGCGCGGAGGCGGCGGCGGCGGCGGCGGCGGCGUGCCGCCCCCGGCGGACCAUGCACCGCCAACACCAGCAGCUCGCCGUCGGCCAUCGCCCGCUGGGGGUGGCGGAAGCCCUGAAGUUGGAGGGCGGCGCCGACGCCGAGACCUGUGACAGGGACGUGGACGCCGCCAUGUUGGCAAUGGAAGAGCACGCCGCCCUCACGAUAUACUACGCGCAGCAGUAUGGGUCUGACGAGUUCGGACAAGACUCGCCUAGGUACACGUCUCCUAAAGGCGCCGCCAUCUAUGGAGACUCCUACUACAUCGACGGCAGCAGCGGCGGCGCGGCGGACCCGUGGAGCGGCGGCGCGCAGCUGCAGGCGACGCCCUACGCCAGCUACGGCUCCGGCUCCCUCCUGACGGCCGGGGCGCCGUCUCACCUCAGCCAGGCGGCCUUCUCCGCGCCGUCCAUGCACCUCGCGCACGACCCCAUGGGCUACGGGGCCAUCUCCCCCGGCGGCGUGGUCCCAGCGCAGCCCGACCCCACGUCGCUCCUGGGGCCGCAGCCCUCGCCCGUGUCCAGCCUUCCCCCCAUGUCCAGCUUCCGGGGCGGCGGGGCGGGCGUGGCGCCGGCCGCCUCCAGCGGGGCGGGGGGCGUGCCCAGCUCGAGUCCCGCGGCGGCGCUGUACGGGGGCCACAGCCCCGCGGGCAUCCAGCCCCAGACCUCGGGCGACACCCUGGGCAAGGCCCUCGCCUCCAUAUACCCGACGGACCAGAGUGUCAGCAGCUACAGUUCCAACCCUUCGACGCCCGUCAGCUCCCCGCCCCCGCUGACGGGGGGCAGCACGGGGGGCCAGCCAUGGGUCCCCGGCAGCGCGGCGCACGCUCCCAACUCCCCCCACUUCCCCUCCGACCGCAUACACAUGUCUGCACCAGAACAGCAGAGGUUAGAUGAUGCCAUUGGCUUCUUGCGGGAUCAUGAAGAAGUCAUUGGUGCUCGCAUGGAGGAGAGACUGGACGACGCCAUCAACGUGUUGCGGAACCACGCGGAGAGCCAGGCGCUGGGGCUCCACGGACUGCAGGCCUCACAUUCCAACGGGCUGCUGGGCCCGUACCACCACCACCACCACCACAACCCUGCCGCGCUAGUCGACUCCCACCUGGAUUAUGCUAACUUCGCUGGACGCUGCAACAUCUCAUGUGAGUCUCCACUUCCGUCGUUGCAGAGUCCACAUCCCGGGACGCCAAGUUCAACCGUCGGCGCCACUCCUAGUUCGUACACUGGCCUCACUCCUACCUCCGACACAGAUGGACCAAUCAAAAUUGAGAGGUUGUCGGGAGGUUCUGCAAAAAAGCGAAAAGAGCCGCCAGGAAAUUCUGAUGUCAAAACGGCCAGUAGUAAUGACCUGGUGAGCUCUCAACCUAGUGUUGUUGCCAACGCGACAGCUCCUGCCAACUCCACAUCGGGUCAGAAAGGUUCCAAACGAUCAAGGAGAUAUUCGAGCGCUGACGAGGACAUUGAGGACCCGGGCACCAAGGCGGUGCGGGAGAAAGAGCGUCGUCAGGCGAACAACGUGCGGGAGAGUUGUUCGAGCGCGGACGAAGAGGAAGACCCAGACACAAAGGCGGCGAGGGAAAAGGAGCGACGGCAAGCCAACAAUGCGAGGGAGAGGAUACGCAUCCGAGACAUCAACGAAGCCCUGAAGGAGCUCGGCAGAAUGUGCAUGACGCACCUGAAGACGGACAAGCCCCAAACGAAGCUCGGCAUCCUCAACAUGGCCGUCGAAGUCAUCAUGAACCUGGAGCAGCAAGUUCGAGAACGCAACUUGAAUCCCAAGGCAGCGUGCCUGAAGCGGCGGGAGGAGGAGAAAGCAGAAGAUGGCCCCAAACUGGGCCAUCACCAGUGCCAUCCUGCCCCACACAUGGCGCAACCACCGUUCUCCACGAUGCCGGGACCGCCUCUGCCACACAACCAGCCGCAGCCUCAGUAGCAGAGGGCCGUGUUCAACCCCCCGUUCUACGACGCCCGGUGAGGGGAGGGACAGACAGUGGGAGUUUUACUGUUCGCGAAGCGUCGCACGUCGGACCAUUGGUGGCCAGUGCGGAUGCAGGUGGUGAUUGUCUGAUGGGAACGCCUCGAGUGGUGACGGUGACAAAAUGAGAAGUGUACAUUUCCAGGAAAAAGUUAACUUGAAUUUUUUUUUAAGUAAAGAAGAUAACUUAUUCUUCCAUCGUAAAUGUGUCAAUUUUUAUUUUUUUUUGCAAACUUUGCCUUUCCCCUGCAUUAUUCGUAUUACUAUGUUGGUUUCAAGAUGAAUAGUUCUAAGACCAAAGUGUUGCCAUUUAUUUUUCAGAUGUAUUGCAAUUAUUAUUUUUUAUUUCUGCACGCAUUGUCUAUGUAAAAUGUAUUAUGUUUUUUACCCUUGUAACAGCUGUGGAGAGCAACCUAUCAAAGAUGAGUUCUUAUGACAUGAAAUUUUGAGCAGGUUUGAACAGCGUUCUGGAUUAGAAGUGUCAAGGAUGGUUUAAAACUGUCUUCACUUUUGAUUCCAUGUUGACGAGCAGCUUGCAUCUAAACCAUAACUAGAUCUGAAUUGAAAAAAAAAAUAAUGAAAGUUUCUAUUUGUACUAUAUUGUAUAGUGGUGUUUUUGAGCACCUUUUAAUUUUGAUAGAUUAUGUGAUGACUGCCAUUGUCUUUGUUUUAUGAAAUGUUUUCUUUCUCCCAAGAAGUGAGUUAUCAACUUGCAAAGCACUUUGUCAUAUAUAGGUGUAUGCUAUUAUCAUGGAUGAACUUUAUGUGAACAUUUUAUGUACUGGAAAUGUACUAAUAAUGUUACUGUAUAUAAUUGUUCAUAACAGAGUGAACCAUAGCUGACUUGUGCUUAUAUUAAUUUUGUAAGCACAAGAUUGUAAAUAAUUAAAUAUAGGCUAAAAAAAUUAUUAAAAAAUAUAUAUAUUUGUGAUGAUUUAUUCAAAAAGAAAUUUCAAAUUGUAAAUAACAAAAUUUAGGCUUAAAAAUAAUUGUGUUGAUUAUUAUAAAAGAAGUGCAUUUAAUUUGAGAUAAAUAUACAAAAUAAUCCUUUGAGCUGUUCCACAAUGCAUGAUGUUAUAUGUUAUAGAAAUACGACACUUUGAAAUCUUGCUUUCUUUUGCAACAGAGAAAGGGAUGAGGGUGCAGAAAGUACCAUCAAAACAUAAUAAUAUUUUUAACACAUAAUAUUCAGUUUUUCAGAGUAUAUACACAUAUUUCAUAAUCAUGUAAAAGAAAUUAAUUAUGUACAGAACAGUGUGGCAAGCACCAUUUUUAACACUAAUGACCAAACAUACCCCAAAUUCUAGCAAAUAUUGUGUUUCCAUUUGUACCAAGGAUCAACAUCUCUUUUCAUGUGAGAAUGAACACAACCUGAAUUGAAAUAAGACCAAGAUGUCUGCUCACUGUUUUUUUUUCCCAUAUAAUCGUAAUUAAUUUAUCUACAAAUCAAAUAUUCAAUAUUACUUUUGAAAUAAACAAAUUCUACUGGAAAAUAACUAAAACUUUUGGGCUAGGUGUACAGUGAUGCAUCUAAAAAUUUGUGAAUUUUUUAAUAGGCAUUUUCAAUGUCUUGUAUUUAAUUUAAAAUCAUUUGUCUUUCUUCGCAAAUUGAGGAUUUUAUUUUUACUGCAAACAGCAAACACAUUUCAAAAGUUGUUUUCAUUUGGUUUCAGCUUAAAGUAAUUUUUAUUACUGUAAUGUAAUGAAGAAAUUUCUCUUAAAAACAUUCCUUCUUUUUUCCUAUCAACAUUUUGAUGUGGAAGUUAAAAAAAAAAAAAAAAACUGUCGCAUUGGAAGACAUUAAUUAGUUCUCAGGUGUUAGAGGUUACAACAAUUCAAACCUAUAGACAUUUUGGAGUCUUUCCUUUUUAAGUCAAAGGAGACCCUUGUGUAAUUAUUGAUGUGUAACAUUUGUGUCUGCUUUUGUAUAUUUUUUUACUGUGGAAAGUGUUCUGUAAAACUCCUUGUACAUGAAUUUUUGUUAUCUCCUUAAUUAAACAGUCAUAUAAUUAUCUAAAUUUAAUAGAAUACUAUUCACAAAUUAUAUGCCUACUUUCACAAUAUCAUCACUUUCUCUGACCAACAAAAAGAUUAUGCUCGAACAUUUAUAAAGACAUCAUUGAAAACAUAAAAUAUGAACUUCAUAAUAAAUAAAACACUUGAUGCAUUAAGCAUAAUUAUUUUAAUCUAAAAACCACAAAAUGCAACUCCUUAUUCUUAGUUAGUCCAAUCAGAAUUGAAAAAAUACUUCAUAAUGUUUUUUUUUUUUUGUUGCCUACCUGAUUACAACACAUAUGAGGAAAAACGAGUAUUUAAAUUUAUAAUUUGAUGGUUACUUUUAAUUGAGAGAAUUUCCUGUAAAUUUUGCAUUUUAUGUUGUCACAAAUUUUCUCACUAGAUAUUUACUAAAAAUUAUUUUUGAGUUGUAAAAGGUCACAGAAGUUAUCAUAAUUAUGAACAAUUUCUUGACUUUUUACUGCUAAUAGAUGACAUUAGUAAAUAUCUAAGGACAAUAUUUGUGAUUACACACAAAAUCCAAGAGAACUAUCAUGACUGCUACAGUUUAAGCCCUCCAAUAAUAGUAAUGCAAAGAUAAUGAAAUAACCAACAUGGUGUAUGGUUCCAAGCCUUAAAGUUACUAAGUUUGUAAAUAUGCAUUUAAAGAACUAAUGCCAUUGUAAUCAUAUUUUCUUCAUUUAUAGGCAUUGCUAAAAAAAUAGAAUCACUUAUAGGCAUAUUAAAUUUUGUGCUUGAAAUUUCAAGUUGACCCAUAUCCCUAUAUUAAACAAACAAGCAUAGUUACUAUUUUUGUCGCUUAAAUCUUGCAACAUUUACUAAAAGGCAAUGGAAAACUUCAGAAGAACUGAGAAUUGAGGGAGUAACAUGAUUGAGUUUAAGGUGUUUUUCAAAACCCUGUUUCACAGUAUUUCUCAUGACAUUCACCUUUGAACUGUAUCGAUACCAGGAACACGACAUCAAGUGGACCCACUUUUAAUCCAUCAAUUUAAUUGCCUAUUAAAUAUUUGUUUACAAAAAUUAUUUAAAGCUGAUAUCAAAACUUUUAAUUUGUUUGGGGCAGUAUAAACUUAAAAUCCUCAGGUUACAUGAUUUUUUUAAAAUUUAAUAUAGAAAAAAUAUUAAAAGAAUUAACAUACUCUUUAUUCCAAUUAUUUUCUGUAUUGCAAAUAUGCUGUAACACUAGGCUGAUUUGAUCAAAUGGUGAGGGGGUUGUGUGCAAAAUGCUAAUAAAUUUUUCCUUGUAGAACUAUAUUGAAUAAACAAGAUCAUAAAUUAAGUACCGGGCAAAAAUGUAUAUAUGUAUUUGAGAAAACUACUGUGCGUGGUCAUGUACUUACAAGCAAAAGUUUUUUUAUUUACUAUGUGAGAAUUGUCAUGAGUUUACAAAACAUUUUUCAAGGACUAAUGUAAUAUUUAUAUUAAAUAUAUGUUAUCUGAAUUAAAAAUUGUCCCCUUCAUAAAAUUAAUACAACUUUCAUUUAAAAGUAAAAAAAUCAUAUUUAACUGUUGAGAAAUGUCACAACACUACUAACUAAUUCAACAAUGUGCCUUCACACAUAUUUGACACUUACGUGCUUUGCAAGCUGCUUGUUUGUUAGGAAAGAGUACAGUGAUAGUUUGUAGGUAGCUACUGGUAGCUAAGUUACAGUGUUGAUACACACAGCAGUACUAGUAGUUAAUUUCAGUUUGACUGUAGAUUACUUACAAAUAAUUACAAUGUUUUGUAGAUUUUGUUUUACCUAUUUCAAUAUUCUAUUAUCUUUUUCCUUAUUACUAUCAUUAUUAUUAUUAUGUAUUUUAUUUUUAUUCCCAAGACUAUGUUAUAUUAUAAAUAUUAAUGAAUGAAUUUUGUGUCAGAUGGCAAAAAAUGACAACCUUUGAGACUAAAGACAGUGUGUUCUUUCAUAUGAUACAUUUUAUUCUAUAAAUGCAUAAGAAAAGAAUGCUGAUGAUCAAUACCUAAAUGUGUCUGAUCAAUCUUUCUGUGAAGGACUUUUCAGACACAAAUCAGUGCUCCCAUAGAGUCUCGUUCAUAUGUUACUGAAUGCUAAAACAUGUGUUUUACUGUUAGUGUUCAAAAAAUUUUAAAACUCUAAUGCAGAAUUUAAAUUCUGGACAUCGCAAAAUGUUUUUCUGCUUGUUUAUUUUUUGUUCUUGCAUUGUUUGAUUGCAGUUGGUGCUGUAUUCUGUGUUUACAAAUAGUCUUAUUUUGCCCCCCAUUUUUUAAUUAAAUUAUGGGUCGUCCUAAUGCGAGACGAGAAAAUAUUAUUUGUACUUUUUUUUUUCCGAAGUUUUACUGUAGAUUGAAUGCCUCAUUUGUUUUUAUUGUGUCAUAAUAGGAUCCAUUUUUGAUAACAGAAAUGUAUUUCUCAUGCUCUCUGUUAUGUAUAUCAUGUACAAAAAUAUGUAAUAAUUUUUUUUUUUUCAUAUUGUGCCAUUUUUAUUUGAUAUUUAUUUGAUACUACUCUGAAAAUAAUUAACUGUAUUUAUUUCAACAGAAAUGUAUUUGUCUUUUUUUUUCUUCUUGUGUCUUAAGUGUUAAUUUUUAUAUAACGAUGUUUCUUGUACAUAUAUAUUUUUGAACUGUGAGUGUUAUGUAUGGCAACAGUUUUAAUAAAAUCUGUAGCAGCCAGUAUUGAUUACUUUGAUUCUGAAAUUCUUCGUAAAUUAUUAUAAACACAUGUCAUGGUUCAAAGUGUUUAAGCUGAUGCAAGAUGCUGGCAAACAAAUGUUUUAAACUUUUACAUUAUGAAUCCAAAAAGACGUAAAUUUUAAAAAUAUUUCUCUGAGUGUCUUAUGACCAGUUGCACUAAACUGCCCUUCGAUCUGUGAUUCAAUGAUCUUGGUUCAAGAAUGAUCUAUGGAUCAUUCUUCUAAAUGUUGUGCCAACACAUACUGGAACUACAAGAUCUUAGCUAGUGUUAACUAUUGUUCAUACAUUUUCAAUCUACAACAGGUAGCAGCGGUGUCGAAGAAAUGUAAGAUCCAUUUCUAUAGGUGGUCUAGAACAAUAUGAAGUCGCUACAAUCGUGACUCCGUGAACAAAUGGUUGAUUCGUUUAGUACAAGAUAGCAGCACAAAUAGUCGCUGCCUUAUCUUUUGAAUUUUAAUUACUGAAAACACAUACUCGAAUUAAAAAAUUAAUACGUAACGAAAGUCUGAAAUAUUUGUAGGUUUUGACUUUAAAAAAAAAAACUUCUAUUUAAUAUGGAAAAAAAUCAUGACAAAAUAAAAUCUUUAAACAUUGAACAAUUGAACUAAAAUAACUAGCAUUUCAUACUUUUAAAUAUGGGUACCUAUUUCCUGUGAGAAAGGUUGUACUAUGUACCACUAGAAUAAGUAAAAUUUGUUGAUACGUUUGUUGUAUAUGAUAAUAGGGAUGGGCCGGUCGAAUCCAGGAUUCGUCGAAUCUGCGAGGAUUCAAGUAACUAAUUGGCGAAAACCACAUACAUUAGCAAACAUUCAGCCAAGAACAGGAGAAAUAUGUCCGUAGAUAUAACCGUAUUUACCCGAAUAUAAUGUGAUGAUUUUUAUCAAAAUAUCCAAAACUGAAAGUGGGGAUCGGAGUAUAACCGCAAACCUACAUCUUUGCCGCUCGAAGAAUGUUUUGAAAUGACGCGGCGCGGCGAGACAACUGUGUCAAGGUCAGGGCCGGCGCCAGCAAUGUGGGAAAAACGUGAAGUAAGUAUGUGAUUUAAGGCAUGAUAGUCGCACAUUUUAUAAUCGAACUGUGCAUCAAAAACACAUUUCGUUCAAAUUAAAACAGAAAAACGGAACUCGGACGAAAGACGGAAUUAACACAUAAUUAUCUUCGUAGUACAUACUAAUGAAAAAAUAGGUAGUUUACUCAGUACUUGAUAGAGCGUGCGCGGGGCAUUCAAUCAUUGGCGAUUUAUCGAUAGCCCACUACGUGUGCAAUCAACGUAACCAAACGUGAAUGAUGCUAAGAUGCAACGACAUAAUUCAACAUGUUUGAAAAUAUCUUUAAAAAAAUUUCCACAUUAAAUCAGUAAGUGGACCAAAAACGAAGCAGGCUGGACCCUUGAGAGACUCAAAAUGCUUGUGUUUUUAAACAAAAACCUGGACAUAUGAAACAGCAUUUUCGUACAUUGCAGAUAUUGUGAUCUUGGUUGCUGAUUCUACUUACAGGAUAAUCCCGUUAUAGCGAGCAUGGUAAUAGCGAGAACACGGCUAUAACGAGGCCUUUUUGAGGAAUUUACGGCAUGAUCGCGUGUAGCGCGCCUUGGUCAUUUGUCUGCUUUAUCUCCACCCCUCUUGCUCGCCACUAGACAUAUUGCCGUUGACACCUGUCACAUCUUCAUCCCGUCCUUUCUUUUAUCAAACUUCCGCUUGGCUUCAAGGCCGAGGUAUGCUCGACUCGAAUAAACCAAGCCUUUGAAUAUACAUAUACUUGUACGAUUUUAUUAUUAUUUAUAAAAUAGACAAAAUCUAUUUUUCCCGCCAUUAAACAUAACAAUUCACACUUUUUUUAAAAAUAUAAAUGCUCUUAAUUAAUUUUUUGGACAUUUUCAUUAACGAAUAAUAAAAUUGUUUAUAACUAUGUUAGGGCAAAAAAGUUAGAGCCGUCUUUAUACUUGUUGCUAAUUGAUCGCGUUAAUAAUACACAAAUAUUUAUAAACUUGUUUGGAAUUAUUUGUCGUGACACGUUUACAAACACGUCACGUUAUUUAUUUUACUAUCUGACAAAUAGUAGGCACUACCGUAUUUAUUUCCGAAUCGCUAGGACAGUUUUCUUGUAACUUUUGGUCAGUUGUUGGGGUAUCUAUCUGGGGAGGGGGUGGUGAUGGUUUGAGUUUAAUCCCAAAUUUAUUUUCAAAAAAAGUUUACAGGUUUCUUUAAAUGAAAAAAAAGUAUAGUUUUCCAGCGACUAUUUCGUUUGAGGCGUACGUGCGGUGCCGCACUCCUGCCUUUUUUGUAAGGAAUUAAUUCGUUGUGCUACACUAGCGCCACCUGUUAGCAACAUCCCGAACCAACAUGGCCGCCAGCAGACAGCCCGCGUCGACAAUAGAUAGCAGGACAAUGCUACGUCGGCCGCGGGCCAAGCCGAGUAAUCGAUUGCGGGCUGAGAUGCUAUACUUACGUGGCGUGGUAGGGUAUUCUGGUUAUUUUGACGCAAUCGGUGAUUGCAUCCGUACUUGUGGGGUAUCGUUUUAAAGAGAAUUCACACAUCUGCUCACAGAAAUUAAGAUUUCAUUAAUAAAACCUGUUAUUUUCCAAUUAUACAGGUUCAAACACAAUUUUUAUGCUAUUUUCGGUUUAUUUUAAUUUUUUGGGGGCCAAAAUCUAUCCAAUUCGAUUAUAGCGAGGACACAGUUAUAGCGAGGAUCAAACCCGGAACCGUGACACCUCGCUAUAACGGGACUCUAGGUAUUUUUAAAAGUGUCUUUCACGUGUGCGAGGAUAUGUAAUUUUAAUUUUGUAAAGAACUACAAUCUACGGCAGCUUUGUUUUUGAUGUCUUUUCAGUUUAUUAUUAUGGUUUUUAAAUUAGGCUUCUGUGCUCAUUGAAUGUAACUAUAUUAAGUACCUGACGUUCAUAUUACUUAAAUUAACUCAUGAGUAGUGUUAAAAUAGGAUUUUUUAAAAAAAUUUUAGGUCAUAUUAACUUGUAUCGCAUGCCCGUAUUUCAUCAAGUAAGUUCUUUGUAUUUGUUUUAUGCCUUUUUUAAUGGAAUAAUCUCUGUGUUUUAGGUUCAUUUGUACUAGAAAACAAUUUGAAUGGGAAAAAAAAAAUUUUUAAUUUUUUUUCAUGGAUUUGGAUUCGAUAUUCGACAAAUCCUUAAAGGAUUUGACUAAGUAUUCGGAUUCGGCCAAAAAUAGGAUUCAACCCAUCCCUAAUAUGAUAUAAAAGUUUUUAAAAUAAUACUCUAAUAUUUAUAUCUGAUCAAAUUUUAGAUUUUCAUGUAUGAUGUGGAGAAAUAUCUACACAAAAAAAUUAUUAAUUUUUAUUUUUUAUUUAAUUAUAACCAUAGGAUGUAAAUACUUUACUUGUAAGGCAUUUUGUAUUUGCAAAAUUAUCAUUCUUGCUAGUGUAAUGUAUUGCUCUAUAAGCGUCGUUAUGUUAGGAAUUUAUUAGCACGAAGAAAAAAUAAAGGACAAUGGUCUGAAAAUUUUCUGUUUGGAGAGGGUCUUGCUUUAGCAUGUGACGUAAGCGGAAGUGUUUUGUUUUGAAUGAGCUUCACUACUAAAAUAUAUUCAAUUGAGCUACUAAGAAGCUGUCUAUGAAACCACAGAAAUUAUAACUAAGCAUUGUGUAUUGCUGGAAGAUAUAUUUAGGGAAAUGAAGUUCGAGUCACAAUAAGUGAACUAAUUUAACUGACAUCGAUCAGAUUUCAUUGUGAGUGUUCACCAUUAACUGCAUUGGAUGUAGAAACCAUUUACAUGUACUAUAUUUACACAAAUAUAUGACUACUGGUUUCGUGUAAUACAUAUUUGAAUUACCAUGUUUUUAUCGCAUAAUCGUCGCACGCGCAUAAACGUCACAUGAUGUUUUUAGAUUCCGAGCGCUUUGUGUAGGUAGUUUUCCCGUAUAAAACAAUGUAUUUUAAAGUUGAAAGCUAAUAUUCAUUUGGAUAUUACCGCUUAGUUAUUUAAUUAACAGAAAUACAAAGUAGUUUGAUAUGUAAAUGUUCUUUUAAAGAUGUUUUAAAACAUUGUAACCUUUAUCUUUACGUCUUCGUUGCCGCUGUGUACCACUUAUAAAAAUGUAGCCAACGCUAGUUGGCAUCAUCAUUCAUGUUUGGUUAUGUUGAUUCCCAUAUAGAGCACGCACACGUAGUCUAAUAUUGAUACAGAUAUAGUUCACCGAUAGAAUGCAAUGCGUGCGCUCUGUCUAGUGCCGAGUUAACUACAUUUGAUAGCCCACGCUUUCUCGUGGUGUGUACUAUGACGAUAGUUAUGCGGUAUGACUCACGUUCGUGUCACAGUUUUGGUUUUUCUAUUUAAAGUUGAACAGAAUGUUUUUGUUGCAUGACAUUAUACAAUUGCACACCAAACCAUUUAAAUUAGUCUACUUUUUAAAUAAAAAUAUGUACUUUCCAUGCAUAGGUUUUGAUUUUACGAAUAACUUCACCUUUAAAAAAAUGCUUUUUUCACAUACAAAUUACACCCUUCUUUUCAAACUUUAUUUUAGUAUAAAAUGUGCGACGAUUAUACGAUAAAACACGGUAUCAAGAUCAAUAUGCACCACGUCGAAACCGAGCUGUUACGGGUUUGCUAUAAAAUUUAAGAACUGACUUUGACUAGUGAACAAUUGGAGGAUGGUGUUACUUUGGUGAAUCGUCGACAGCCUUAGAACAGAGUUCAGAAGCCGUAGUGGUCUACCGCUGCUGUAGAAGGAUUUUGACAGUAUUGUGUCCUGUUUCGAAACUUCAGCAAAUUCCAGUACUGUCACUGUGGUAGUGUGGAGAAGGGCCCAUAUCACAGUCAUCAACGCUAGACAAAAACUAUCAUUUCGUAAUACAAGAAAUACGAUGAACCCCGAUUGUAAAUGUGGUUGGUAUAUAAAGUAUAUUUUAUUAUAUUGCUAUUUGUGUAGG